ACGAGAUAUUUUGAGAUUCAAGGUCACUUUGCAUUUGUCGUGCUCUCUCCAAGGCCACGCAGCUGGAUGAUCCGCUAUGUAGGACCGCGCACGUUGGACAAUGGUCUCUCUUCUCUGAUCCAGAAGGAACAACAUGCUGAAGAUACCAAGCUUUGCAGCACCAACGCCGCACAAGACAAGCACAAUUGGGCCAACAAGACCAACCACCUGCUGCUGGACAACAUGAAAGGCUUUAUCGUGCACGAGGUGGUGCCGCAAGUGUCCCCAUGUGGCGAUUACGUCGAGUACGUGUUUGUGAUGGAGAACAGCCGAUCCGGCACGACUUGGGAUAUCAAGCGCCGGUACUCGCUGUUCCACGACCUCCGCGACGACCUCGAAGAGUUGUUCGAGACCCCGCAUUGCCACUAUUGCAAGAAAGCCGUGGAACAAUUGCAAGCGCUGUCGUUUCCACCCAAGCGCUUAUUUCACUCGGACGAAACCAUCCUGCAACGUGUCGAAGAGUUCCACGCGUACAUCCAAGCCACGCUCAAGAUUCUGUCGAAUCCGUUCUACCGGAGUUGCUCCCUUGUAUCGGUCCAAGCGCACAGUUUGAUCAAGCGCUUCUUGCUCACUGGCAUGCGGCGCCACGACGUGAUCGAGUGCAAGCAGCACCACGCGAUGUACUCUGUCCCGCUGCUGUUGCGGGAAUUGCAACUCCACGCCAACGGCAAGCGGCUCGAGCCGAUUGUCGAACAGCCGUCCCUGUCUCUAGCCAAAGCUUGCUAGAUUAACUUAACUUUACAUUAAUUGCAUGUGUGUAUCAUGUA